AUUAAUUCGCCGCUUCUCGCCGCAGGGGCCAGAAAACGUCCUGUUCUACCUGCCCUUCUCACCCGCGAGGACCCUUUCUUUCUUCCUCCCGGACCCAAGAAGACUCUGCUCAAAAUCUCGCCAACCUCCGGGCCACCAUCGCCAUCACUCCAUCCAAAAUCCCCAUCCAGACGAGCAUUUGGGUUGCCAUCUCUUUGUCCGCUUCGCUUCGCUCAAAAGUUAAAAGCGGCGGCGUGCCGUUGUCUGCUUCUCCGCCAGUUCCGCUCCACCUGUGCUCCCUCCCUCUUCUCUUGGCUGGCUUCAAGAAAAGACUGGCUCUGGCUCCUCCGAUUUCCCAACCGCCUGGCUGAAGUUCUUGCGGGGGCUCCGGUGAGAAUCGCGAGGCUGCUUGUUUGGGCGGAGGCGAGAGGCGAUUCAGCUGCUGGGAGGCCUGCACGGCAAAGAUCCAGUUCGUGGUGGAUGGAGCCAUGCUGCGGGUGUGCUUGAUAAGGUUCUUGCUUGCCUGAUAAGCAAGGUUUCUUUCUGGUGGUUCCUCCUCCUGCCGACCAAGACACAGAAAAUCUAAGCCUGUUCACACUUUCUACUGCUUCAAUUUUCGAGUGUUCUUGCUGCCUGAAAUGACAUUAGUUUUGAGGGAUUGCAUGCCUUGGGCUCUGGAACAGUUUCAUCAUCUCUACUCUCUUCAGUUGUUCUAGCUCUCCCUUUUUCCUUGCUGGCUGGCUGCAUCUUUGUGCAAUUUAUGGCACCUGUGUCCCUUUAACCCCAGUUUCCAUUCAGAUUCAUCAUGGGCACCACUUCUGAGCAAAAGAUAGCUCUGCUCCUUCUUGGGACCAUCUGGGUUCUUCUUGGUACCUGCAAUGCUGAAUUCACCCCUGCAGACAACUACCUCAUCAACUGUGGUUCCACCGUUGACGUUCAUGUCCCAGGUCAGGGGUUCUUCAGAGCAGACAAUUCCGGCUCAACUAUUUUGAAAUCAGAUCACAACGUCGCCGCAAAUACCUUGCCGGAUGCAGUCAUAAGUUCUGACAAUCCUGUGCUGUAUCAAACUGCAAGGAUAUUCAGUGUGCCGUCGUCCUACUCCUUCAACAUGAAGAGCCGUGGCCGGCAUUUUGUCCGGCUGCACUUCUUCGGUUUCAGAUACCAAAGCUAUGAUCUUGCCGUGGCAAAGUUCAAAGUGUCCACGCAGGAUGUUGUGUUACUUGACAAUUUCACUCCGCCGAGCAAUUCCUCACCGCUGGUCAGGGAGUAUUCACUGAAUAUUACUGAGGAUAAGCUGAUUCUCACAUUUGUGCCUCUGGGAAACAGCACAUCUUUCAUCAAUGCUAUUGAAGUAAUAUCUGUUCCUGAUGAUCUGAUACGUGAUUCAGCGCAAACUGUAAAUCCCUCCGGCCAGUAUCUCGGCCUUACAACACAGUCAUUUCAGACAUUCUACAGGAUUAAUGUGGGUGGACGGGAGGUGACCGCUGCCAAUGACACACUCUCGCGUUCAUGGGAUACUGACCAGAACUUCUUCCUAAAUUCCACUACCACUGAACUGUUUGCUUACCAAGCGAAGCUGAAUUAUCAGAAAGGUGCUGCAACCAAGGAGGAUGCACCGGACAGUGUGUACAACACUGCAAGGCGGUUUGCUGUGCAAAAUAGAACCAGCUUAGUGUCCAACAUGACAUGGCAAUUUGAUGUUGAUGGUAGUUCGAGCUAUCUGAUCCGCUUCCAUUUUUGUGACAUAGUGAGCAAGGCAGCAUAUUCCCUCUACUUUGAUAUUUAUGUGGAUGGCCGGUUAGCGUUAGAAAAUGUUGACCUCUCUGAAAGAGUUCUUGGUACCUUGGCUGUGCCAUACUACAUGGAAUUUGUCUUGAAGUCAAGUGAUCCUUCUGGUAAGCUAAGUGUCGGCAUUGGGCCUUCCAGCUUGAACAAUGUGGCACCAGAUGGCAUCUUGAAUGGCCUGGAGAUCAUGAAGAUGGACAUCAGUACUGGCACUGUUUAUGUUGUGUGGCCACCAGGAACGCCAAAUAGGAAACUGGCUAUCAUAUUGGGCACUGUUCUCGGAGGCGUUGGUGCUGUUAGCAUUGCCAUUAUUCUCUGCUUCGUCCUCAGAAGAAAGAAAAAGGAGAAGAAGCCGCGGCGGGCACCGACAAGUCGGCCUUCAAGUUCUUGGUCACCACUCACCCUCAAUGGCCUUAGCUUCCUUAGCACAGGUACCCGAACAACCAGCCGGACCACUCUUACAUCUGGGACAAACAGUGAUGCAAGCUACCGGAUUCCUUUUGCUUUGCUGCAAGUAGCAACCAAACACUUCGACGAGCAAAUGGUUGUCGGAGUUGGGGGGUUUGGGAAGGUAUACAAAGCAGUUCUGCAGGACAGCACCAAAGUCGCAGUGAAGCGGGGCAACCAGAAGUCCCACCAAGGGCUCAGAGAGUUCCGGACAGAGAUCGAGCUGCUGUCAGGGCUGCGACACCGUCACCUCGUGUCACUCAUCGGAUACUGCGAUGAGCAGAACGAGAUGAUCUUGGUGUACGAGUACAUGGAGAAAGGCACGCUGAAGAGUCACCUGUAUGGCAGUGACAUGCCUCCUCUCAGCUGGAAGAAAAGGGUGGAAAUAUGCAUAGGGGCUGCAAGGGGCCUCCACUACCUGCACACGGGUUUUGCAAAGUCAAUCAUCCAUCGUGAUGUCAAGUCUGCAAACAUUCUCCUCGACGAAAAUCUCAUGGCCAAGGUUUCUGAUUUCGGCCUGUCGAAGACGGGACCUGAGUUGGAUCAGACACAUGUUAGCACUGCGGUGAAAGGGAGCUUCGGGUAUCUUGACCCUGAGUACUACCGGAGGCAGAAGCUGACCGACAAGUCGGAUGUGUACUCAUUCGGCGUGGUCUUGCUGGAGGUGAUAUGCGCGAGGCCAGUCAUCGACCCAACUCUUCCAAGAGACAUGAUCAACCUCGCAGAAUGGGCUAUCAAGUGGCAGAAGAGGGGAGAGCUUGGUCAGAUCGUCGAUCAACGGAUCGCUGGGACAAUCAGGCCUGAGUCGUUGAGGAAGUACGGUGAGACUGUCGAGAAGUGUCUUGCGGAUUACGGCGUUGACCGCCCUACCAUGGGUGAUGUCCUGUGGAAUCUGGAGUUUGUGCUCCAGCUGCAGGAGGCCGGCCCGGACGUCUCCAAUGUUGACAGCAUGAAUCAGAUCUCUGAACUUCCUCCGGACACCAGAAGGAUGGGCUCUCUGGAGAUUGGCACCGCAGACGAAAGCCCCACAAACAUGGAUUACUCUCAGAUGUCGACCAACGAUGCCUUCUCGCAGCUGAUGAACACUGAAGGGAGGUGAACUGGACAGAAUUGUUUCUGUGUCACCAAGGAAGUUGGUAAAAACAUGUUGACCUAGAGAAAGAGAUGUCUGUUGAUCAUCUAUACCAUGUAUUGUUGUUCCCACAAGUCCUUAAUUGCAUUCAUGUUCUGAUA